AUGGGGCAAAGGGAGCAGGAGACUCUAAAGAACUUCAUGCAUCGAUUCAACAUGACGACCCUUAAAAUUCACAACUUAGACAUGGGGGUGGCUUUGGCAGCCUUGACAACGGCUCCCCAACCCAGAAGCUUCUUAUACUCCCUAGGAAAAAAACCGCCAUUGGAUAUGGGGGAGCUAAUGAUCCAAGUAGAGAAUUACAUCAACCUGGAGGAGAUGAUGGAUACGAGAGGAAGUCGCAUAGAGCGGAAAAGGAAAAACAAUAGCAGAGAAUCUGGAGACUCCUUUAGAUCCGUAAAAAGGCAUGAGACUAGUGCGCUACACCCAGGCCCAAAGAUGAGAGGACAAGACAACAAGUUCUCCACCUACACACCCCUGAAUGUACCGCGCUCGGAGUUACUGAUGCAGAUCAGAAAGAAGGACUACAUCUCGUGGCCUGAACCUAUGCGAACGCCUUUACACAAGCGGAACAUGUCCAAGUUCUACGCAUUCCAUAGGGAUCAUGGCCACGACAUAGAAGAAUGCAUUCAGUUGAAGAAAGAAAUCGAAGUCCUAAUAAGAAGGGGACACCUGUCGAAGUUUAUAAAGAAAGAAAAUCCACAAAGGGAAUCUCUCGAGCAGAGGAGACAUGAGGCAAAAGAGAAGGAAGAGUAG